CGUCUAUUAAGGUUGCCAGGCAAAGGCGAACUCUUCCAAAAAAUAAUAUUUUUUAAGAAAAAAAAAAACGUUUUCUGUUCUUCUUCUUCUUUUGUUUUUCCCUUUAAUUUUUUCAUAAAUUAACCUUUGCUCUUUUCAUUUCUUUCCUACUUUUUUUUUGUGUGUGUGUUUUUUUUUCUUGCAGAUAAACGGUAGAAAGAAAGGAAAGUAAACAAGAAUCAAAGAUGGGAAAAUCAUCUUCUUUGAAGAAAAAACGUUCCAAAAAGUCAUCUCAGUUGCGAAUGAGGAAGAGAAAUAAGGUUAAGGGCAAGAAAAGCAAGUCCAAGAAGCUUCGACAUCGGCAAGAUGAUUCUGUUUCUUAUUCAGAUGAUACUGAUUCGACAAGUACCGCAUCUAUUUCAUCCUCUAGUUCCGAGGAUGAUUAUAAAAGUCGAAGGUCCCAGUCUCGUAAUAGGAAGGACAUGAAAGGUAAAAAGAAGAGAGCUAGAAGGCUGUCCUCCGGUAGGGAAAGUAGUGGGAAUUCUCCUUGCAUAAAGAAACGUGGAGGAUCAAGGAAGAGAACCAGUAAGAGGAAAAAGUCUACAAGAGAUGUGAUUAUGAGUUCUCGUAGUAGUAGUAGUAGGUCCUUGAGUUGCUCAACUUGUCCGAGUGACAGCGACGAGAGUGGAUAUGAGAAGAGAAAGGGCAGAUCAGAAAGGAGGGAGAAAUAUGGUAGGUCGGAGAAGGUUAAAGGAGGAAGCAAAAGGAGUAAGGGCCGAUCAAGGAGUUGUUCUUCUUGUAGUAGAUAUAAUGAAGGAUCUGAUCAUUCAAUUGGGGAAAGAGUAAUGGAAGAGAGCAACACGAGGCGGCUGAAAUCGGUUAUUACUGUUGUUAAGCGAGAAAAUGAAAGCAGCAGAGAAUUGAUUGCUGAUGAGCCUAAAGAAGAUGUAUAUGAUUACGAUGAUUACCCAUCCUGUAGGAGCAAUGAUAGCAAUGAUGGCUGUAAUCCGAGGGAGUUACAGCAAUAUCCCCAUGCUAUAUCUGAGACGAAAAGGCCUCCAGAUGAUGAGCAAGUAGAAGUUUCUAAUGUCAGAAUGAGCAGCAUCGAGGAAAUUAAUGUUUCGAAUGCAACUGAUGGUUUAAUUGGUGAUGAUAUUGAAUUGAUUUUAAGACAGCAUGCACUGGAGAACUUGAAAAAGUUUCGUGGUGGGCUCCAGAAAAACAUUAAUCCUCCAAUUACUCCAAAUGAUAAUAGUGCUGCUGAUGUUAAAGCACUGUCUUCUGUAAACACUGACUCGUUUCAGAUUAAAGCCCCUAAGGUAGAUGAUGGUAGAAUGGUGAUAACGAGCCAAGUGAGCCAACAGAUUAGACAGUCUCCGGUUAGAAGAGACUCAUCCACCCUUCCUAAGAAUGAUAGGAACACUCCACAUAUGAGUGAUGGAAGAUAUUCCGAGACCGUCGGGAGUGAUCUUGCUCCCCCAUUGGCUCGGGUGGUUUCCACUUCUGUUCCUACUAAUAAGCCGAAGUUGGUUAUCUCACAAACUGGUCUUGAAGCACCUAACACUCACACUGCGCUGAAACAAGAAGCUGCCACCCAAGAACCUUGUCAAGCCAAGUGGGUAACUGAUAGUAAUGUGGAUGAGCGUGGUUUAGAAACCACCCAAACCAUAAAACCCUCCGAGGAGAAUGCAGCUUCUGUUUCUAAUAGGCCAAAAUCUGUUAAAUUGCGAGCAGGACAGGAGCCACCUAAUACUUAUAGCACCCAAAAACAAGAUUCUGCUGCACUAGAAUCUUCUCAAGGUAAGUCGGUAACUGAGAGUAGCGUGAAUGAUAGUAGUUCCCAAAGUGUGAACCCCCAUGAAUGUGGCAAUCCGGGCAGUAAAGUUAACGAUACAUGCAAUAAGCCAACUUCUUCUGGAAACAUUAGCUCAGAUAAACAGGAAGAUGAGACCAAGGAUGGUUCACAAUUUCAACAAAAGACAAUGUCUGUAAUGCGGGGUGGGGAAAUGGUACAGGUGAGUUACCAGGUCUAUAUUCCGAAGCGUGCCCCUGCUUUGGCUAGGAGACAACUCAAGCGCUGAGCUUCGCUGUUACCUAUUGGAUUGAUUUGGAUGACCCGAGAACUGCAGCAGUUAACUACAAUUUUGGCUGCUAUUGCAAUGCUAUUGAUAGUUGUAGAAGACUAAAUUAUGAUAAUGGACCAAAUGAUUUAUGAUUCAUCUCUAGUUGGCAGUAUGUUAUGGUAGCAUCGUUGUCAUUGUAAUAUUUUAGCUCACUUGCUUGAAUAUUAGAUUUACCUUUCUGGGGAUA